UGGAAGACUCUAAGGGAACGCGGCAGAGGCCAGGAGGGGAGGCACGGCGGACGGCGGUGAAGGCAGAGGUGUCAGGGAAAGGACAGGGCGGCUUCGGGCACCCACGGCCGCAGCCCGGGGCAGCCACCCCGGCCCGCCCGCCGCGCUCCUCCCGCCCUCCCGCCGGCACCAUGGUGGACAGGGGCCCCUUGCUGACCUCGGCCAUCAUCUUCUACCUGUCCAUCGGGGCGGCGAUCUUCGAGGUGCUGGAGGAGCCGCACUGGCGCUCGGCUACCGACGACUACAAACGGCAGAAGACGGAGCUGCUUAAGCAGUUCCCUUGUCUGGGCCAAGAGGGGCUGGACAAGAUCCUGCAGGUUGUGUCAAAUGCUGCUGGACAGGGAGUUGCCAUCACUGGGAACAAUACUUUCAACAACUGGAAUUGGCCUAAUGCUGUGAUCUUUGCUGCUACUGUGAUCACUACAAUUGGUUACGGAAAUGUUUCUCCAAAGACACCCUCUGGGCGUCUCUUCUGCAUAUUUUAUGGGCUCUUUGGAGUUCCUCUCUGCUUGACGUGGAUCAGUGCUCUGGGGAAGUUCUUUGGAGGACGUGCCAAGAGGCUGGGCCAGUUUCUGACAAAAAGAGGAGUAAGCCUGAGGAAAGCACAAAUUACAUGCACAGCUAUUUUCAUUGUUUGGGGUGUCUUGGUCCACCUCGUUAUUCCUCCCUUUGUCUUUAUGGUGACUGAAGGAUGGGAUUACAUUGAAGGCCUCUAUUUCUCAUUCAUCACUAUCACCACCAUAGGAUUUGGAGAUUUUGUUGCUGGUGUAAAUCCAGAUGCAAACUAUCAUGCCCUUUACAGGUAUUUUGUGGAGUUAUGGAUCUAUCUGGGACUAGCUUGGCUUUCACUCUUUGUGAACUGGAAGGUCAGUAUGUUUGUGGAAGUCCACAAAGCAAUCAAGAAACGGAGGAAAAAAAGAAAAGAGUCUUUUGACAACCAUCCUCGGUCUAAAAAACCCCUUCAAAUGGGUACCUCAAAGGAUGUCAACAUUUUCAGCUUCCUUUCAAAGAAGGAAGAGACCUACAAUGAUCUUAUUAAGCAAAUUGGGAAGAAGGCCCUGAAGACAAACAACGACAAAAUGAUUAAAGUAGAAAAUGCCAAACAAAACAUGCAGAAUGCCAGUAUAGAUGCCCAGGUGACUUACACAAAGACAGAGUCAUUCGAGUAUGAUGAGGCUUCCCUGGACAUUCAAAAUGGUCAUGUACUGAGACCCCUGCAUGAUAAACGUAUUGGAGAUAGCCCGCUAGAAGGAACCAUGUUUGUAAACCAGCUGGACAGGAUUAGUGAAGAAGAAGGUGAAGUGUGGGAUUCCAGAGACUAUCGACCCUUAAUAUUUGAGAAUGCCAAUAUAACAUUUGUAAAUGAAGAUGAUGAUGAAGACGAAGAUAUCUCAGAUGAUGAGGAAACAUCAAAAUCCUCCAUGGAUGAUAAUCUUGCAGAGGAAUCUGAAACUGCAAAAAACCUGGUAAAAUUCCCAUCCUCUGAUGAAUCUACCUUUACGAAUAAUGAGUUAGAACUUUCUGUGCCUUAUGAACAACUGAUGAAUGAAUAUAAUACAGUAAGCACUGUGAAGUCUGCAACGUGAAGCAUGUUUGACAAUGGUUUUCUGGAAUUGAUCAGUGCAUAUUGAACAAAUUAACAGAGCAAGGAGAAAAGCAUGUUUUUGCAGCUUUUCCUGUCUCUUUGAAAACAAAAGCAAGUCCCAAACUAAUAAACUCCAGUGUUUUUUUCCCACCCUGAGUUGGUUUCUGAGCCCAUCAGCUUUGCUUAUCUGAAAAACUUGUAAAAUAACAGUUGAAUUUGGAGUCCUGCUUCUUCUUGGGAUUUUAUGGUUCUUGAACAAAGUAGAAAAGAAAAGACUAGUUAAUACACUGGACCUGCUCUGCUUUUAUGCACUUCAUUGAGGAAUUAGCUUGGGAGUGUAAUUAUGCUGUUGCAAAGAGACUGUUUGGGGCAUCAAAUGUGUUUGGUUACUCCAUUAGCCUUCCACCUCUGAAAACCUGGAUUUGAAUCCUGCUUUGAUUGCAAAUGAAAGCAAGGGGGUUUUGUGUUUUGGGUUUGGGUUUUUUGGGGGGGGGGG